CGAGAGGUAUUGAGCUGAAGAAGUUCUUAGAAAAGCAUGCCCAACAAACUCAGAUUCAAGUGAAUAAAACAAAGAGAUCUGGCAAGCGAAGAAUCAAAAUGCUACGCAGACCAGCUACAAAUUUAUGUCUGAAGGAGCCAAACCUCCAAAAUUUGUCAACAAAAAGAAGGUUUUUACUAUAAGCCCCUCACCGGUUUCUGUCAGAUCAAAGACUAAGCUUUCUAAAAACCAUCCGAGAGCACUUGUUGGGAAGGAUCAAGAUACUCAUCAGCCAAGAAUUUAUUCCCCAGUCCCUGUAAGAAUCCAAAACCUAAACUUUACUUCUCGUGAUGUUAAUAAGAAUCCGGGUGAGUUUAGGAUAACUAGGAAGAUGAGAAAUACUCCUCUGGAUAUCCUUCAGAAAAAAAUCAAAUCAUUAUCUCCUAAUUUGCAAAGGUUAGUCCAUCAUGCUCUUAUUCAUACUUCUGAGAAGAAGAGAAAGAUCAGGAGGCCUAAGAAUAAAGCCAAAGCUUAUUCAUCCAACACUUUAGUAUCUGAGGAAGAUAUCCCAACUCAAGAGAACAUGAAAAAUGUAUUUGGGUACAUAGCCGACAAGUUCGAAUUCCUUCAUACUAAGAUCACUGACUUAAAAUCAGCCCCUGGCCUAUGCAAGUCUUCGUACAUCUUGAACCAGAAGUUAGAAGCACUUAGGUCCAGUAAGGAAAAAAUCUGAACUGAAGGCCAAGUUAGCAGAGAGUUCAGCUCUAAGGUUCCCAAAGGUUUCAGCAUUGAUAAUCAUGGAUCCUACGGCCUAAAACUUAUAUCUGGUUAAUACCUGAAUACUAAAGUUUAAGCUGCUUCUUCUCAGCACUAUUAAAAUUCUCCUGCAAAAUUUCUGCUUAAAAUCGUAAAAACCUAAAAUUUGAAAUCCAAAAAGAACAUUUGAAGGUUUGCCGAUUAGAAAUAACUAAGAAUCUGAGACAUCUUUAGAUGCUCCUAGACUGGUUGAACUUCGUUCUAGAUUUAUUCCUGACUUCUUAACAAAUAUUGCCGACUUCUAUUAAGAUUAUUCAGGUUUCCUAAGUCCUGCAGAAAGUUAAUUCCGGAAUGGCUCCUUCCAAUAAUGCUGAAUGAUUUAGACAGACACAUUGUGCAUAACAACUGAGUUUAUUCCUAAGUUCUAUUGCAGCUUAUAUGUGUUAUUAUGCAUAGGAUGCAGUUUAUUAAAAAAUAGAUACUCCAUUGGGCCGUUACGGAAUAAAUAAUAUUCAUACAAGCAGCUAAGGGAUUUCUAAUCUUAAGGCUUGUCUGAUUCAUUGAUAUUCUAGAGAUCUUAGCUAUAACUGCAACAAUGCAAUCAAAUAGAACGAUUAUAGCUCUUGGGUUUCUUCCGAUUAGAGAAUCAAAAAUAAAAUCUCAGUGAUAAAUUUACUUCCCAAUAUGUCUAUUUAUAUCUGAUUAAGGUUUAUAUAGCCCAUGAGUUCAAGCUUUGCUAAUAAAAUUAACAUAAGCAAUCUAAAUGAAAUAUGUUAAACUCCUCUUGCUGAUGUUUGUUUCGAUGGAAGUACUAUCCUGUCCUGAUUUUUAUAUAAUC